AUGGAUCCAUAUUAUAAGCAAUUAUACGAAAAUUCUCAUACCGCACAAAACGAGGCACCCUCUACUUCUCGUUUUGCCCCUUCUUUUACACGACCUUCUACAAACCCUAUUCAUGAUAAUCAAGAUCCAAGAUCACUUGAAUCUCAAAGAGAAUUAAGAGUGAGAAAAGUUCCAAUUAUAUCUCAAAAACCAAGUCUUCUUAGUUCUAUUGGGGCAUCAAUUAUGUGCAUUGUGGCAAAUGGCUCAAACUUCUUGAGUAACAUUUCACCGUUUCAACUUAAUCCAUUCGAUUAUGAAGGAAAUUCUCAAAACCCCGUAGAAUAUUAUUUUGACGAUCCAAUAAAAACAGAAGAAUGGAAAGCCAAUGAAUGGGAAACAUGGAAAGAAAAAAUCGAAGCAGAAUGGCAAACUUUUAAUGAUGUUAUUGAAAGAGAAAGAUUAAAAUGGUUAACAGCAAAAGAAAGAGAUUGGAGUGAAUAUACAAAAUAUGUUGAAUAUAAAUGGACACAUUAUAGUCCAGAUUUAGAAAAACUUAUAAAAUCAGAUAUUUUAAAAAGAAACCAAACAUUAGACGAACGUGAAUGGGAUGAAUGGAUGAGAUCAGAAGGAAAAGAAUUAAUCAGAAAAGAUGUAGAAGAAUGGAUAGCUUAUAAUGAAUCUUAUUUAAAUGUAUGGAGUAUUAAGGAAUGGGUAUCAUGGAGAAAUCAAAUAAUAACUAAAUGGAUAUCAUCCGAAUGGAAAAGGGAAGAAGAUGAAUACUGGGCUAGAUGGGAAGAAAAUUGGGUUAAACAUUAUAACUGUGAAGAAAGAAAUAGCUGGAUUGCUUGGAGAGCUAGAAUAAAUAAAGAAAUGGUCGAAUGGAAUGAAUGGACAAAGAAAAAAGAAGAACAAGUUAUAGAUCAUAGAUCAAGUUCUUGGGGACGAUGGAAAACUGAAAAACAAGCAUUAUUUGACAUGUGGUUAGAUUCAUUUGUUGAUGAAUGGAUUAAAGAAAAACAUUGGUUUAUAUGGACAAGUGAAAGAAAUGAUUAUUUCGCAAGAAAUAGAUAUAUAAAAUUCCAAUAA